GCUAUAUAGUGCACUAGGUGUGGGAUUGGGAGUGGAUUGGGUAUGCAGCCAGGACAGCUGAUGCACUGGAAGUCCGACCCUCCUCCCCAGCCUUCACAUUUCGUACCCUUCACUUGAUUAUUCAUUCCGUCCAGGUACAAACGAGCAGUCGGGCAGUGCUGGUGCGUGUACGAGUGUGUAUGUGUGUGUAUGUGUGUGUGCGUGUGUGUGGGAGAGGGAGAGAAAGAAAGGAGAGAGAGAAAGGAGAUAGAGAGAGAGAGCUUGUCGGACUGGUUUACUGCAAGCGACAUUACAGAGCUGAGUUAAAGGCUUAAGCUCGAUCAGAGCAGAUCAGAUCUGGAUUAAGCAAGGGGAGAUCGGAUCUAUUUCCCGGGGUGAGGCAUCGAAAUAAUAAUAAGAAGAAGAAGAAGCUCUGUGGGAUGAUGCACUGAAAGCGGGCUGCUCUCAGGCGCCCAGCGGUCAUCCUCCUCCUCCUCCUCAUCCUCCUCACCAUCCUCCUCGUCCUCCUCCUCAUCAUCUCCCGUGCCUGCAGUGAGAACAAAUCCUGGUGCAUUGUGGUCCCCAUCACGUAACCAUCGGGAGAGCUGCGGAAUCCCCCCCUUUCCUUCCCCCCCCACUCCCAAAAAAAAAAAAAAAAAAAAAGGACAGCGUGAUGGCCACUCUUCUGCGAAAGAUCGGUCUGAUCCGCUUGCACGACCGAGACACAGAAGACCCCAAGCACCAUCCGAAAGGGACUAAGCAAGGGAAUCAGAAAAACAGCACCAAGCACUGUCACCAAAACGAGACGAACAUCCUGAGCACCCCGGAAAUCAAGGCCAAGCGCUCGGACGUCUCCGCCAAAGACAAAGCUCCUGCAAAGGACAAGCCGAGCAAGGAGACGAAGGAGAAGCAGCAGACGGGAAGCGCCAAGUCGAGCUCGAGCUCCGUGCCACCUCUGGCGCCCAACAGGCAGCACUGUGCGCAGGUGAGGACGCGGCGUCUCAUGAAGGAGCUGCAGGACAUCCGGCGCCUGGGAGACGAUUUCAUCACGGUGGAGCUCGCCGACGACAACCUGUACGACUGGAACGUCAAGCUGCACCAGGUGGACAAGGACUCGGCGCUGUGGCAGGACAUGAAGGAGACCAACACCGAGUACAUCCUGCUGAACAUCUCCUUCCCCGACAACUUCCCGUUCUCACCACCGUUCGUGCGCGUGCUCACGCCGAGGCUGGAGAACGGCUACGUGCUGGACGGAGGAGCCAUUUGCAUGGAGCUGCUGACACCGCGCGGCUGGUCCAGCGCCUACACCGUGGAGGCCGUGAUGAGGCAGUUCGCCGCCAGCCUCGUCAAAGGACAGGGCCGGAUCUGCAGGAAAGCGGGAAAGUCCAAGAAAGCCUUCAGCCGCAAGGAAGCCGAAGCUACGUUCAAGAGUCUCGUGAAGACCCAUGAGAAGUACGGCUGGGUUUCUCCUCCCGUUUCCGACGGCUGAGGAGCUUGCUGUCUCCACGUCAUCCCCUUUUCCCUCUCCAUGCAGCUUUCUCCAGUUUCUCACCUCCAAACAUUCUCUUGUUUUCAAAAAAAAAAAAAAAAAAAAAAAAAAAAGAGGUAUCAUCUCACACUGUAUGUCGAUGACUCUUCAUCGGUCCUCUGCCAUUCCUCACUAAGGUGCCAUGGACCACUCGCUCGCCGUGACAUCACAUUUCUAAAUGAUGAAUGGAUACUACGAACAUGUUUGGCUGAAGGAAGUGAACAAAGCCCUGGGGGAAGUAACUUGGACAGACCCCAACCCUCACGCUGAUUCUGUACCUCUUGAUCACUCGAUACCUCUCUGUGUUUAUCAGUGUGCUUAUGUCAAACCCUUCCUCCUCCAUCUCUUCUUCUUCUUCUUCUUCUUCUUCUUCUUCCUCCGCUAAUCUCCGUUUUCUCUUUACUGUUUUAGAGAUGACGACACAUUGCACUGAACAGCAUCCGAUUUUCUUUCAUUUCCAUGCAUUGUAACGAUAUUUAAUAGCGAGGCCGAUGGGUGCAGUACAUUCGAGGUUCAGUUUUGUCUGUUCUUCUCUUUUUUUUUUUUUUCAUGGUUUCAAUGCAACAUGAAAAUUGUAACUUAUGUAGAGCUAUGCUCUCUCUCUCUCUCUCUCUCUCUCUCUCUCUCUCUCUCUCUCCACUUCUCUCUCUUUCUCUCUCUAUGCGCGUGGCUAAAUUUAGACAUCACUGUGUUGCAUAGCUGGUGAUUGAUUUCUCGUGGAGAUGAUUUUUUUUUUUUUUAAAACACUCGUUGCUUAUGCAGAGGUACUGUAAAGAUUAAAGAGUGGUAGUCAGCCAUUCUUGCGAAUCAUUAUUAUCAUUAGUAUUAUUAUUACAUUUGGGUUUUUUGUUUUUUUUUUUUCCCCGGAGAAGACCAAAAGCAUCGAAUCUCGAUGAUGUUGAUACCAGAUGGCAGACCUGAAUGUCAUAGUCUCGAAGCAUGAGUGUGCGUGUGGCGUGUACGCAGUAGGAGCAGAUCCACGUCCGUGAUGCAUCUGAGAAAUGUGCACGGGCCGUUUCGUGAUCAAUUUAGUGGCCCCAGAGAAGCUAGAAUCUCGUUAGCGUUUCCUUCGAAAAAUACCAUCGGAGACUGAAUGUACCGGUCUGUGCUCAUGCGUACAGUGGGACAUGCCCCGGUUCCUAUCCGACGACUUCUCAGCGCACAGGCAGUGCAAUGUCUAACGACUCAGGCCUCAGCUUCAGUCACAUUAAAAUGCUCAGUCUGCUUGAACAUUUUUUGCAUCGAUAACUGCAGAUUGAUAAUAAAAGGCUGAUUAAAAUGGUCUGAACGGGACAGGUUGCUUGUUCAGCAGUGUGUAUUAGUAUUUAUCGACGGCCUCUCCAAAUAUCGGCGUUAAUCCUGAGACGUCACGUCUUUAGUGAGCACCUUUAAGUGCGCGAUUUAAAGGAAAACUCCACCCUUGCUUAUUAAUAAUUCGAAUUAACGUCGAUCGUUAACCGUAACCACGAUUUACUUUGUAAUGAAAUUAUGAGGGGUUUUUUUUUUUUUUCAUCGACAUGAUGGGCUGUUUUCUCUUCGGUUAACGAUUUCUUUCAUUACCCACAAUGCCGUUCGGCCGCCUGCUGAUAGUGGUGCCGUUGGGAAUUAUGUUAUAUCAUGAUAUUUUGGGGCCUUCGUGUGUUUGAGCUACAAAGUGAGAGAAAAACAUUCUAUCCAGCUAACAUUAGCAGUAUGAGUGAUGUACAUUUUCCUCCUCAAAACAUCAAACUUUACAGUUAAUGUUCUCGAUUUAACAGCUAGUAUGUUUGUUUGUUGAUUGAUCUAAAGCAAAUACUUGUGUGUGUAUCGUAUAGCUCAUUUAAAAGUAAAGAAGUGCUACUUUGUUUACUGGUGAUGCUGGGAGUAGCCAUGUUGAUAUGAUGUCAUGUGCUGGACUCGGGGUAGAGGACACCUUCCCGACCUUCCGAGGAGGAAUUCUGAGUCGAGGUGGGGUUUUCUUUGGUUUUUCCAAGUCGGAGGUCGGAAACUCCGAGGUAUGAGCUUUAGUGAAAGGCAGCAUUAGUCCUCACUUCAUCUCUACCUAAAAAGAGUGAUGGUCUGUCCAGCGCUCGCUCAAAAAGAUCGGCUUCCAAAGCGUCAGCUUCUACGCUAAUCACUGAAAGGUGACGUUGUGUAGUUGUAUAGCUAACCUCUCCACUACUUCCAUGUUGGAUUUCUCAUUAAUAUGACUGGCAAUGUUGAGUGACAGAUUAAGCGUUUACUUCUUUUGUUAUCUCUUAUGAGAUUAUGGAUAUUGAUAUGUCCAUUUGAACAUCAGUUUCUUACAGGAAUAAUGAAAAUGACUGUAAUUACCACAUGCAGUUCUACACUCGGGUCUCCUUUAGUGAACGGUGGACUAGUUCAACAAACAGACUUCAUAUAAACACCAUAAUGAACUUUCUUUUACGUUCACUCUAUCCGUCGUGACCCAGAUGAGGACGCGUUCCCUUCUGAGUCUGCUUCCUCUCAAGGUUUCUUCCUCUAUCAUUUUAGGGAGUUUUUCCUCACGACCGGCUCGCUCAAUAGGGAUAAAUUCACACACUUAAAAUCCGUAUCCUGUGUUUAUAUGUUUCUGUAAAGCUACUUUGAGAGAAUGUCCAUUGUUAAAAGCGCUACACAAAUAAAAUAUUUAGCAAGAACUUAGCAGCUCAUCACAAAUAAUUCAAUACUGAUCAUGUUUGAGGCUGGAGUUUUGCUUUAUAACAUGGCGGAUCGAGAGUGGAAGCAGUCUGUGCCGUCUACAUCUCACACUUCCUGGUUUAUGUGACUGCACGCUUCGCAGCAGAAAGCCUGAUUAUAGCCUCCAGUGCCUCGGGGAACAUUAAAUGUCAUAAGGGAAGCUGCUAAUUAGCAUGACAUUUGCCGAAAAAAAAGGACAGCGGUGAAUAAAUUCUAGACACUCGGAGUUUGACGAUGCCCUUUCAGGCAGGAUGAUGCAGGUUCGCAGUGUGACUCAAAUCAUCUAUGCGUCGAAAAGUUCCCACAGUGCGCACACAAAGAUUCAAUUCAGCUCUGUCAUGUCGAGGCACGAUCCGAGCCCAGACGUGUGAUUUCGUGUCACGGUGAAGCUCGUGGAUUCCCAAGGCGAAAUGAAACUACUUAUUUGUAACCGGGGGGGGGACGGACGUUCGAGAGAGGAAACAUCACCUGUGUCGAUCGGUUCUGCGUCAUGUCGGCAAAAACGUGUAAACGUGAAUAAUGUGUACUCACCGUCUCGUGACUUUCUCAAAACAGCAUCGUUUGUUUCACGUCAAACAAAAAAGGGAUGUACAACCAGUGCUUAAAGGCGAACAGAAGUUAUAAUUGCCUUUAAUUGAGUUAUUAUAAUACAAUCUCAGUCGCCACGAGCCUUUGUGGAUUUUACUUGAUGAUGUGUGUAUCGCAGCAGGGAUUAGAAGCAUCAUUACGCUGCUCGUGUCACGACUUAUUCCAGCCUUUUCCAUCUGGUACAAAAACGAGAUCUCAUCACGCUCUUGGUCUUCUCCAGUCUCCGUUUUGGACAGUCUUUUAAAAAAUAAAUAAAUAAAUAAAAAAGUGCUCGUGUGUGUAUUCCUUAUGGAUUUAGCGAAAGGAAAUACUGUAAACAACGACUAAUUAUCACGAUAUCUCGAACGUGGAUGUUUGCCGGCUUUAUGAGCAUACUUUUGUGACAUAGCCUAGACUGGUAGAUUGCAGACACUAACCGAGUUAAAUGUCCGAACAUGUGAGAUGACUCUAUUGUAUUAUAAUCUGCAUGUGGUCUGUGAUUGUUAGCUAGCCAUUUUUAUUUUUAUUUAUUUUUUUUGAUUUUUUUUAGAGAGAAAAGCCAGAAAAAAAAAAUAUAUGGAGAAAAUAUGAAAAAAAAAAAAGAUGAUUUCUUUCCCCCAUGUUGUCCAUUUCUCUUUUUGUUUUGUUUUGUUUUCAUUAAUGUCUAAAAUGUCAGAUUGUGUUAUAUGAAUGUUUUUUGUGUUUUAAUUUAUUUGUGGUUUGCCAAAAUGAUGAUUUGGACGCAUGUUGCAAGUAUUGUCACUGAUCCAAAAAAAAAAACAAAAAAAAAAACACAAAAAAAAAAAACAACAAAAUUGGGGAAAAAAAGGCAAAACAAAAAAAACUGCAGAAUGAUAUGUACUUGAAUUGAAGGAAGCACCUGAUUAUGUGUAGUGAUCUCAGGCUCCAGCGUGGAAGGAAUAAACUGAGGGACGAAUUGUAUUUUCAAAGACUGCACAAGCAACAUCACAGGACACGAUGGGAGCAAAACCAAACAGGAAUGUGCAAUAAAUGCUGUAGGCUUACUCAAACCUGCA